CUGGGCUUAGAUUUUUUGGCUCAACAAAAUUAUGGAAACUCUAUCGUCUCUCUUCCCUCUCCCACUCUCCGUUGCAGUGAGACCCCAUCACUCUCCUCCCAAACUCUGUCUUCCUAUCCCCAUUUCCGUCCCUACCUUGUUUCAAUGCACCCUCAAAGGAGCCAAAAUUCGCCGGAAAACGGUGGUUUCUGUGGGGAAUCCAAGUGAUCCGAGACAGGACGAGUCCCGUUUCAUGGAUGAAAAUGGUGUCAUUGAAGAUAUGGAUGGUUAUCUGAAUCACUUGUCUCUUGAGUACGAUUCUGUUUGGGACACAAAGCCAUCUUGGUGUCAACCAUGGACAAUUACGCUUACUGGCAUAUCAGUGAUUGCCUCGAGCUGGCUAAUUUUGCAGUCAAUCUGGGUCACAGCUUUUGUUAGUCUUGUGAUAUGCACCUGGUGGUACAUCUUUCUGUAUUCUUAUCCUAAGGCUUAUGUUGAGAUGAUAGCGGAGCGAAGGAAGAAAGUCUUGAACGGUGUUGAAGACACAUUUGGUUUGAAGAAGAGUCAAUGAUUUAAUUCACACAUUAGAAGCUCCAAUCUCCUUAUGUUUGUAAGAUCAUUCUAAUGGUGGUCAGCGUCGAUGCAUGUAGAUUUUCACAGCUUAACUUAAGAGUGGAAGCUGAUGAUUUAGUAUAUAAAACUAUUUUUUUUCCCACCAUUUUCCUGGAUGCAUGAGCAAUCUAACCGAUUAUAAUGUCUGUUACAGAGCAGGAUACCCCCUUCUUUC